AUGCCUCAGUACUUUCCCAUGUACGUUAUCCCAGUGGAGGACGUGCUGAGCAUGACCAUGCUCCGGCCACACGAGGAGCUCCUGAAUGCAGGUACGUUGGUACAGUACGAGGAGGGCAGUCAAGGGAGUGUCAUGUUCAUCUCGCACCAGUGGGCUGGCUCGGACCAUCCUGAUCCUUUCUUUGAGCAGUUCAAGAUCUUGCAAGAGGCCUUGCGAAAGAUGAUGUCCAACGCCUCUGGGGUCAGUGCUAACAUCUUGGUCGAGAUGAUGUACGCUCAAGACACCAAGGGGGUCACAGCCAAAGAGCUCACCUCCCAGCCACUCUUUCUUUGGUACGACUACUUCUCCUGCCCACAGAUCGAAGCACAGAUGGGCAAAACAAGACAGCAGGCCAUCAGCAGCAUCGCGGCUUAUGUUGAGAAGUGCCAGUACUUCGUGGUCCUGUGCCCCCACGUCAGACACGCAGAGAACGAAGCGCUCACGAAGAAAAGCUGGGAAAGCCGCGGUUGGUGCAGGUUAGAGCGGGCCGCCGAGGGGCUGAGGCUCCAAGGGAAGACCGGCUUGUCCAUCGAAGCUCAGAUUCCCGUGGGGGAAGGCCAGUUCAGAAAGGACGAAGACCGGUCGAAGUUGGCCGAAGUCUUGUGUGACUUCGUGCCGGGCUUUAUCUCUGACACGACAGACCCGGCGGUGCUGACAGUGGAGCGCUUCAUGUAUCAGAAUGGCUUCCUCUCAAUCCGGGAGCCCGAUUCUGCUGGCUGGCCCCCGCUUUGCUAUGCGGCACUGGAUGGCAGCCCUAUGCUGUUGGCGAGCCUUUUGGAGCAACGAGCCGAUGUGAACAGCAGCAGCACCAAGUAUGACAAGCUCUUCAACUUCCCCUCCAGGAUGAGCGCGCUGUCGAUCUGCGUGGCGCUGAUGAACAACGACGCCUGCCGCGUGCUGAUCGAAGCCAAGGCCGAUCUUCAUGCGGAGGAUGACUUGAAGCACAACGCCACGCACUGGGCUGCGCUGGCGGGGAAUGCCGAAGCGCUCCAGCUCCUUUGCGAGCAUACCCCGCAGACAGCGCUCACUCCGAACAUGCUGGGCUUCUUGGCCUUCGGCAGCGCCUGCAUGGCGGGUUCGGUGGAGGCCACCAGCUUCUUGCGGGCCUACACCCCCCAAGCGGAAAUCGCUGGUAGCCUCCAUGUGGCCAUCCUCUGCGGCAGGGGAUCGGAAGAGGUGGUGGCGCAGCUCAUUGAAGCCAAAGCAGACAUGAACUUUCGACUUCAGACGCCUCUCCUGAGCCCUUUGGGCAUACUUUUCGCCUGCAUGGGACUGCGACAUCGCUGGACGGCGAGCACUCUGAGCACCUAUGCUUACCACCACGAGAACGCCACGCCCCUGAUGUGCAGUAUCAUCACGAGUUCGUUCGAGACUGCGGCUGCGCUCGUAGCGGCAGGGGCGCGCACGGAUCUUCGAAACUCCCGCGGCUGCUCUGUGGCCGACUUGGCACUGGAGAUGGGGGCGCCGGACUUCGUCAGAGAGGCGCUUCUUGGCCCCGGUGCAGCACGUGAGAAGCUGGUGGAGACGUAUGUGUUUCACGGGCUGAGGCGAGUCCCCAUGUAG